GAUUUCUGACGUACAACUUGUAAGACACAAACAAUCCUCAACGCGUAUGAUUCGUUAUUUUCUGCGAGAGAAUUACAGUUUUACGAAACUUAGCCGAGUAAGGUCGUAAUGGGACGUGAGUCAAGGAAUGCCCAGGUGAAAAGACAUUAUAGGAAACGCUCCGCGUCUCGGGGCCGGUCAGGUAGCCGAUCAAAAAGUCGCUCUCCGGACAAACGUUCCAAGAAAGAAGACCGAGAUAGAAACAGGAGAGACAGGUCGCGGAGCCGGGAACGCCGACGGUCUCGAUCCAGAGACAGAAAACGAGCAAGGCGUUCCAGAAGCAGAGAGAGGAGGAGAACCAGGAGCCGUGAAAGGAAAAGAUCGGGUAGCAGAAGUCGAGCCCGCAGAUCCCGAUCAGGCAGUCCUGGAAAGAGCAAGAAAACUGAAGAGAAGGCAAAAAGCAAAGAGAAAGACAACCCCGAUCCUGUGUCUGAAAAGAAAAAGGUUAAAGAAGAGAAAGAAGAUGAGAAGGUUGAAGACCAAGACUUUGACCAGAACAAGCUGGAAGAGGAGAUGAGGAAGAGGAAAGAGCGUGUGGAAAAGUGGAGGGAAGAGCAGAGGAAGAAGGCGAUCGAAAACAUCGGAGAGAUCAAGAAAGAGCUGGAGGAGAUGAAGCAGGGCAAGAAGUGGAGCCUUGAGGAUGAUGAUGAUGAUGACGAGGAAGGUUCAGCUGUGAUGGAGGUGGACGAUGAAGAAGAUGUGGAGGGGAAGGAGGAAGGGGAGGACGAUGUGAAGGAUGUAAAGGAAGAGAAGAACGAGGAGGGAGAGAAGGAGACAGAGACUCCCGUGGAACAGCUGCCUGAGGAGGAUGAAGUGGAUCCUCUGGAUGCCUACAUGGAGGAGGUCAAACAGGAGGUGAAGAAGUUCAACAUAGGAGCCAUGAAAGGAAAUGAUAAGAAAGGAGCGAUGACGGUAACCAAAGUGGUGACAGUUGUUAAAACCAAAAAGGGACCCAACACUCACAAGAAGAAGGGCGAGCUGAUGGAAAAUGACCAGGAUGCCAUGGAGUACUCUUCAGAGGAGGAGGAGGUGGACCUGCAGACUGCUCUGACGGGCUUCCAGACCAAACAGAGGAAGAUCCUGGAGCCUGUUGACCAUGGAAAGAUCCAGUAUGAGCCGUACCGCAAAAACUUUUAUGUUGAGGUGCCCGAACUGGCAAAGAUGACAACCGACGAGGUGAAUGCGUUCAGGCUGGAAUUGGAAGGUAUCACAGUCAAAGGAAAGGGCUGUCCAAAACCCAUCAAGACCUGGGUGCAGUGUGGAGUGUCGAUGAAGAUCCUCAACGCGCUAAAGAGGCACAGCUACGAGAAGCCCACACCCAUCCAGGCUCAGGCCAUCCCUGCCAUCAUGUCGGGCCGGGACCUCAUUGGUAUCGCCAAGACCGGCAGUGGGAAAACCAUUGCUUUCCUUCUGCCCAUGUUCCGACACAUCAUGGAUCAGAGACCGCUGGAGGAGUCAGAGGGGCCCAUCUGUAAGGACCAGUUCGUUUUCUACUCUCUGUACAGAAACCUCUCGGCUCCUGUGAUCAUGACUCCAACCAGAGAACUGGCUUUGCAGAUCACAAAAGAGUGCAAGAAGUUCUCCAAACCUCUGGGGCUCAGGGUGGUGUGCGUUUAUGGAGGCACAGGCAUCAGCGAACAGAUUGCUGAACUGAAGAGGGGAGCUGAGAUCAUCGUGUGCACUCCAGGACGAAUGAUUGACAUGCUGGGGGCCAACAGUGGUCAGUUUCCCCACGUCUUUUACGAUCAUAUCUACAAGACAGUGAAUGGUUUCCUGAAGAUCAGGGCAAGUACAGGCCGGGUCACCAACUUGCGCAGAGUUACAUAUUUGGUCUUGGAUGAAGCUGACAGGAUGUUCGACAUGGGCUUCGAGCCACAGGUGAUGCGUAUUGUGGACAAUGUGCGUCCAGACCGUCAGACGGUCAUGUUUUCGGCCACCUUCCCCAGAGCCAUGGAGGCCCUGGCUCGCAGGAUCCUCGCAAAACCACUCGAGGUUCUGGUUGGAGGCCGCAGCGUCGUCUGCUCCGACGUGGAGCAACACGUGCUGGUGAUUGAGGAGGACCAGAAAUUCCUCAAGUUGCUGGAGAUUUUGGGUCACUACCAGGAGAAGGGAUCGGUCAUCAUUUUCGUGGACAAACAGGAGCACGCAGACGGGCUGCUUAAAGACCUGAUGAAAGCCUCGUAUCCCUGCCUGUCUUUACACGGAGGAAUCGAUCAGUAUGACAGAGACAGCAUCAUCAAUGACUUCAAGACGGGAGUAUGUCGACUGAUGGUGGCUACCUCAGUGGCAGCCAGAGGCCUUGAUGUCAAACAGCUGAUCCUGGUGGUCAACUACAACUGUCCCAACCACUACGAAGACUAUGUCCACAGGGCUGGACGCACAGGCAGAGCGGGCAACAAGGGCUACGCCUACACCUUCAUCACAGAGGAUCAGGUUCGUUACGCCGGUGACAUCAUCAAGGCCUUGGAGCUGUCCGCAUCUCCCAUUCCCACAGAACUGGAACAGCUUUGGGCUUCUUUUAAAGACCAACAGAAAGCGGAGGGUAAGUCCAUUAAGAGCAGCAGUGGCUUCUCAGGCAAAGGGUUCAAAUUUGAUGAAACCGAGCAUGCUUUGGCUAAUGAGAGAAAGAAGCUGCAAAGAGCGGCUCUCGGACUCCAGGAUUCAGAUGAUGAAGAAGGAGCCCUAGACAUUGAGGAGCAAAUCGAAAGCAUGUUCAAUUCAAAGAAGAGGGUGAAGGAUCUUUCUGCACCUGGAGCAGCCGCAGGCCCAGCCGGAGCCGUCGCAGCCACAGUAGCAGCUGCCGGAGGACUGGCCAGUCUCAUACCAGCAUCUGCUGGAAACAUCCAGAAACUGGAGAUGGCCAAGAGACUAGCUCUGAGGAUCAAUGCCCAGAAGAACUUGGGGGCUGAGGCUCAGGACGUAAUGCAGCAGGCCACUAACGCCAUCCUGCGUGGCGGACCCAUAUUGACUCCCUCUGUGUCAGCCAAGACCAUUGCAGAGCAGCUGGCCGAGAAGAUCAAUGCCAAGUUGAACUACACGCCUGUGGAAAAGCUAGAGGAGGAACGACAGGCCGCCGAACAGGCUGAGACCGUCCGGAGAUAUGAAGAGGAGCUGGAGAUCAACGACUUCCCCCAGAGGAUCGGGGAAUAUUCUGAAGCGGCCAUCACUAUUAGGGGAACCUAUUUCCCUCCAGGCAAAGAGCCCAAGGAGGGAGAGCGCAAGAUCUAUCUGGCUAUUGAGAGUGCAAAUGAAUUGGCGGUGCAGAAAGCCAAAACGGAGAUUACCCGGCUAAUUAAAGAGGAGCUCAUCAGAUUACAAAAUUCCUACCAGCCAACAAGCAAAGGUCGCUACAAAGUGUUGUAGAGGAGGAACCCAGGUGUGACAUUCAUCAUCCUGUCGUCUUUACAGUUUCAUCAGGACGACAGAAAAAUAUUUUAUUCUAUAUUUUGAUAAUGUGUCGGUAAUUAUAUAUCUUUAGUUUCUAUUUUUCCGCUGUGCUUGGCUGUCCGGUGACUUUUUUUUAUUUUUAAACAUCUUGAAAAACAUCUUGUUCCGCUAGUCUUCAAUGAGAUGAGCUAUCUGUAAUAUGACUUUUAAACAGAAGGCUAUUUUUUUCCGUUUAAUGUUCAGUUUUGCUUAGUUUUAAUUAAAACCAUUGUCUUUGUGACAAAACACAGAUGGAACCUGAUUUCACUGUAUUUUUCCACCUAAUAAACCACUGGGGUUGCUUUGGAAAUGUC